CUCCCUCUCUCUCUCCUCUUCUCUUCUCUCUCUCUCUCUCUCUCUCUCUCUCUCUCUCCUCUGUGUGUCGUAACAUCAGACUUUCUCUCUCCUCUUCUUCUCGAUAUACAAAUACUCCCUGGCGCGGCCCCUCCCUCGAUUUUUCCUUUAAUAUUUUUUUCAAUUUUUUAUUUCUAAAUCUCACCCACUCGAACCCAGCUGCAGCAGAACAAAGUUCUCAACUUUUCCCCAUCCGAGCUGCUAUUUAGGUAAAAUCUCGGAGAUCCCCCAAUUUGAAUUUUCAAUUCGGAAUUUCAAUUUCUGGAUUUGGGUUUGUUUGGAAUCUGCGUGUUCUUUGGUGUUUUUGGUUAUUCCGUCGUCGGUCAUGGCCUCCUGAGAUGAAAGGGCCAUGGGCGUCCAUGGCUGCUGCCGUGUUUGCUUAGUGUGAGAGGCUGAUUUGCUUUCGGUGAAUAAGGUUCUUUCUCUCCUUUGCGCGUGUCCCGUUCUCUUCUCCAAUCCUCCACCUACACACGCACACCUGAUACUCUUCUUUCACAUACAUCAGUAAAAUGGAGGUCAAGUUGGCCAAUGACAAGCGUGAAAGAGAAAUGUAUGAUAGUUUUGCCGAACUAUACGCCAUUAUCAAGACCACUGAGAAGCUUGAAAAGGCGUAUGUUCGGGAUGUGAUCACUUCUUCUGCGUAUGAGACUGAAUGCCAAAAACUCAUUGCCCACUUUAAGACAUUGGCAUCCACGCUUAAGGACACCAUCCCGAGCAUCGAGCGGUUUGCAGAUACAUACAAGAUGGACUGCCCAGCAGCUAUAAACCGCCUUGUGACCUCAGGGGUGCCUGCCACAGUGGAGCACCGGGCUGCUGCAGCUUCCUCCAUGACUUCCUCAGCUGCUGCUGUGGCAGAGUGCACACAGAAUUUCAUCACCGCAAUGGACUCCUUGAAGCUGAACAUGGUGGCAGUUGAUCAGGUGCACCCGCUGCUCUCAGACCUCUCAACGUCCCUUGGGAAGUUAACCUUUCUGCCACCGGACUUUUUGGGAAAGGUGAAGUUGAAGGAAUGGAUUGCAAGGCUGUCGAAGAUGGGAGCAGCUGAUGAGUUGACGGAGCAGCAGUCAAGGCAGCUUCACUUUGAUCUCGAGUCCUCUUACAACUCGUUUAUGGCAGCUUUGCCGAAUUAUGGUACUUGACACCCCCACUGGACGGAUUACUACUUUUCUGCAGCGUAUAUGUGUAUAUUUUGGUGAAUGCCUGUUCCGAACUUUGUGCUUAGUGUCGAUAUUUUGUGUCAAUCAUUCCAGAUAUGAUUUCCAAACUGUAUUGUAGGAAUUACACUUGAAUUCAGUUUCUUGAUUUUUAAUGGCAAAUGAUCUCGGUGGCUUGAUUGAAAUGAAAUGCUCAAUAUUCGGGCUAUUUUGUGAAAAGUGUAUUGUUUGAUGGCCAUUUUGUGAGAGUAAAUUGUUUGAUGUAUAAA